AUGGAGAUAAGCUGGGUGUCCCCUCCAACCAGUUCCCCAGUUGUGUUGUGGGUGCACUGGGGCCUUGCACAGGGCGAGUGGAUGUCCAGGGACUGUGUCCCACCUGCCACCAUGGAGCUGAACCAGGCACCCCCAGCUCCCACACCAGCCACGCUGAAGGCUGAGGAAGACCCCUGCAGGGUGGAGGUGAGCGACAUGGCCAUCGAUGGAGUCACGCUGCUCAUCUGCCUCUGCGGGCUGCUGGGCAACAGUGCUGUCCUCUGGCUCCUCGGCUUCCGCAUCAAGAGGAACCCCAUCACUGUCUACAUCCUCAACCUGGCCGUAGCUGACUUCACCUUCCUCCUCUUCAUGGUCAUCUCAUCCACCCUCUACAUGCUCGACAACGUCUGCUCCGCUGUGGUGGCCCCGAGGUACCUGAGGUCGCUCUUCCUGCUCUCUCUCUUCUCCUACAACAUGGGCCUGUACCUCCUGACGGCCAUCAGCAUCGAGAGGUGUGUCUCCGUCCUCUGCCCGCUCUGGUACCGCUGCCGCCGCCCCCGCUGCUUGUCACCCUUGAUGUGUGUCCUGCUCUGGGCUCUCUCCGUCGCUGUCAUCGCUGCGGUGACUUCUCUGUGCCUGCUGCACGAGCACCAGCCCUGCCAGAUGGCUCUCAUCUCCAUGUAUGCCCUCAACUUCCUCAUCUUUGCACCACCCAUGGUCAUUGCCAAUGUGAUUCUCUUCGUUAAGGUCCUGUGUGGCUCCAAGCGACGGCAACCCAAGAGGCUCUACAUUGUUAUCUUCCUCACCGUCCUCUUCUUUCUCAUCUUUGGGGUUCCCCUCAGCAUCUGGAGUUUCCUGCAGCAGUUCAGCUACUCCUUUGCUUCCUCCCAGGUUGUUUUCUUGCUUGCCUGCAUCAACAGCAGCAUCAACCCCUUCAUCUACUUCUUGGUGGGGAGCUGCCGCAGGCACUGCUCCUUGGUGUCCCUCCAGGUGGCCUUCCAGAGAGUCUUUGAAGAGACAGCUGUCAUCACGACCUGCAGCUAA